AUGGCGGCGCCGGCAGCGGCGGGGGGCAGGCGGAAGCGGAACUGCGGCUUCGCCUCCACCGUCCUUUUCGGGUUGGUUUCCUCUUCUUUAGUUGAUCGUUUGGGCCGGAAAAAAUCCUGCGUUCUUUUUUCCUUGACCUAUUCCGUUUGUUGUUUGGUCAAACUCUCCCGGGAUUAUCUGGUGCUGGCGGCGGGGAGGGUUUUAGGGGGUUUGUCCACGGCAUUGCUCUUCUCUGCCUUCGAGGCGUGGUACGUCCACGAGCACGUGGAGCGCUACGAUUUUCCGACCGAGUGGAUCGCCGUCACCUUCUCCCGAGCGGCUUUUUGGAACAACGUCAUCGCCGUGGGGGCUGGGGGCACGGCCGAUUUCUUCGCAGAGUGGUUGGGGUUGGGCCCGGUGGCCCCGUUCAUGGUCUCCAUCCCCCUCCUGGUGCUGUCGGGGGUUUUCGCCGUGAAAAAUUGGGAUGAAAACUAUGGGAAGAAACGAGCUUUCUCCAAAACCUGCGGCGACGGUUUGAAGUGCCUCCUCUCCGACCGGCGCGUCCUUCUCCUGGGCACCAUCCAGGCUUUGUUUGAAAGCGUCAUCUACAUCUUCAUCUUCCUCUGGACGCCCGUCCUGGAUCCCCACGGCGCUCCCUUGGGCAUCGUCUUCUCCGGCUUCAUGGCCGCCC